GUGCUCAGUGCUCGGGCCAACCUGACGUCAUCAGGCAAAAAGAUGAGUCCCCAGUGGGGCUCUGGGGGGGCUCCUGAGCGGGGCAUUCCUUCCCGAAGCCUCAUCGAGCUCGGCCCCUCCUCCUCCGCCCUCCCCUCCCCCUCCUGCCGGGCCUGGAAUUGGGUUUGGGGCGGGUUCUGCUUCCAAAGCCAUCUCCUCCAGCAGGCAAGGGCUGGUCCUGCACCGAGCUCCGACACUCCGGGCAGCGUCCGGGCUGGCCUGCUGCCCUGGUGGGUCGGCCAGCCGGAGGCAGGAGUCUCAGGAGGAGCCCACCACAGAGGGAAGGCCUCCGCGGACCAGGACAGCAGCAGGUGCCAGGUGGACGUGCCGGCCGGUGAGCUGUGAGCAGGAACCUGGACUCACCCAGCCUGGCGAUGGCUGGGAACUGCUCCUGGGAGGCCCAUCCCACCAACAGGGACAAGAUGUGUCCCGGCCUGAGCGAGGCCUCGGAGCUCUACAGCCGGGGCUUCCUGACCAUCGAGCAGAUCGCCAUGCUGCCCCCGCCGGCUGUCAUGAACUACAUCUUCCUGCUGCUCUGCCUGUGCGGCUUGGUGGGCAACGGGCUGGUCCUCUGGUUCUUCGGCUUCUCCAUCAAGAGGACCCCCUUCUCCAUCUACUUCCUGCACCUGGCCAGCGCCGACAGCGCGUACCUCUGCAGCAAGGCCCUGUUCUCCCUCCUGAACGCGGGGGGCUUCCCGGGCGCCUUCGCCGACUUCGUCCGCAGCGUGUCCCGGGUGGUGGGGCUCUGCACGUUCGUCAGCGGCGUGAGCCUCCUGCCGGCCAUCAGCACGGAGCGCUGUGUGUCCGUCAUCUUUCCCGCCUGGUAUUGGCGCCGGCGGCCCAAGCGCCUGUCGGCCGUGGUCUGCGCCCUGCUCUGGCUGCUGUCCCUGCUGGUCACCGGCAUUCACAACUACUUCUGUGUGUUCCUGGGCGGCUCCGGGGCGGCCUGCAGGCACAUGGACAUCGCCCUGGGCGUCCUCCUCUUCCUGGUCUUCUGCCCGCUCAUGGUGCUGCCCUGCCUGGCCCUCAUCCUGCACGUGGAGUGCCGGGCACGGAGGCGCCAGCGGUCGGCCAAGCUCAACCACGUGGUCCUGGCCAUGGUCUCCGUCUUCCUCGUCUCCUCCAUCUACUUGGGGAUCGACUGGUUCCUCUUCUGGGUCUUCCAGAUCCCGGCCCCCUUCCCCGAGUACGUCACCGACCUGUGCAUCUGCAUCAACAGCAGCGCUAAGCCCCUCGUCUACUUCCUGGCCGGGAGGGACAAGUCACAGCGGUUGUGGGAGCCUCUCAGGGUGGUCUUCCAGCGGGCCCUGAGGGACGGCGCCGAGCUGGGGGAGGCCUCGGGCGGCUCGCCCAACACGGUCACCAUGGAGAUGCAGUGCCCCCCUGGGAAUGCCUCCUGAGGGGCCUGAACAGGGGAGCCCAGCCAGAAAUGGACCCUGGCCCCCAGAGACCCUUUGCCACUGGACAGGAACAGGGCCUGCCUUGGUGCCCAUGUGGGAGGAGGGAGAAUGAUCUGGCUCAGCCCUUCCUGCCUCCUUCUCCCAGGGCUGGAGGCCCUGGGGGUGGCCGAGAGGCUGAGUGGUCACCAGUGAAGAGACCCUGUGACCUGCAGGCCCCUCAGCCACUCUGCCUCAGUGACCCAUUGUACCAAAGUCGCCCCCAUGUGGUGGGGUCCCUCCUCGCCCAGGCUGGUCAGCAAAGGGGUGGAGGUGGCCACAGCCCUGCCACCUCCUGCCCUUUGGCCUCAUCCCCGGUGGUGGACUGUCCUCGAGAUGCCAGCCCCAGGGUGGAGCGUGAGCGGAUCUGAACCAAACGGUGCUACCGAGGAGAGGUGUCCAUUCAUCUGCCUUGCAGCCAAAUCUUCCUGCAAACAACAUCCCUGUCCCCUCGGUGAGACAUUUGGAGACUUUAAUGGGGGAAACGCCUGGCCCUGGAGCCCCUCGGGACAGGAAGGACGGCCCUUACUAACUCUGUGCCCGGUCAACCCUGGGCAGCCUCCUGAGCACUCUGUGUCCUCCAGGCCACUGUGGACCAUAUGGGCCGCUCCUGGACCGAGUCCCUGGGCUCCAGCCCCCGCCCACCCAGAAAUGGGCUCUGGCUCUCUUCUGGCCCCUGGGGACUGGCACCGUGGUGUCCAGCAAGCAGUGGCCCCGUGUAGCCAAAGGACUUUCAUAAGACAAUGAAAUGUUAUCAAUAAACAUUUGUAUCUCGCAGCGAGGCGGCCGAAUGCCCGCGGUCCUCCCUGCAGCCU